AUGCGGAUUCCACAUGCGGCCCGCGGCCUGCACUCCUCGGCUGUCUGCCACGACCUGAGCCUGCGGUUCAAGCAGCUCAUGGCCCGCCAUGCCGCUCCGCUUGCCGUCAUUUCCGCCGCCCACGCCAACGACCGCCGGGCCGCGACCGUCUCGUCCGUGACCUCGCUCUCGGUCUCCGACCAGGCCGCGCCCUUGAUCACUUUCAAUCUCAAGCUCCCCUCGAGUACUUCUAGACUUAUCCACGACUCGGGCAGGUUCAGCGUUAACUUUCUCUCCGGCGCCCCCGCUGCUGAGGAAAUCGCUCGGGGGUUUGCGGGCGUUGCGCGUCCUGCAAACCUGAAAGAGACUGACUAUCUGGAGCAAGACGUGGAGGUUGUCGGGGUCGAUUGGUUCCCGGUUUCUGAUGCGCCUUUUGAGACCCCGAUGCUUAAUCGCACGCGAGUACUCAAGCCAGACGAGCACUCACCCGACUCAUCAGAGUCAUCGAGCACGCGGCCGGCGAAUAUCGCAUUCGCCAGGGUUGACUGUACUGCAAAGCACUGCUUCUCCGUGCGGGAUCACGAAAUAUGGGUAGGCGAGGUCGAACGACUCGAGCUCGAGGACGAGAAUCUCAAACCACCACCUCCCGCUCUCGUGUACUUUAACCGACAGUUUGUUCGCGUGCACGUUGCAAAUGACGCUGCCGCCGACGAGAAGCCAAAAGUUCGUCGGAGCCACCUCAGUCACGAGUAA